GAGAAUGUUUACACUGGAUGUAUGUAUACCUGAUUUGAUAAUCCCAAACUACACCCCAACCACCCACUUCUGAAUAGGGGGAAAAAAAAAUCAGAAGCCUGCAAUUGUGUAACAUGCAAAUCUCUUCUGGACUGGAGCCCAUCGCUGUGGUUUGGCAACACAACCAGCACAACAUCUCUUUUCUCAUCUCUUGGGAAAAACAAAAAACAAAAAACAAAAAACCAACAGAGGAAAAAAAAUACCUUGAGAAUAAAGGUAAUGAUUAAUCUAUCAGGCACAAAAAGGAUCGUUUUGGGUAUUUCAGACUCUAACUCACGAAGUCAGAUAAACAACAGUGAACAGGGGAUGACAAUUUCACCAGAAGAGGAUUAAGUCACGGGCUGUAAUUGGGACAGCGUUUGUACAGUCAGAGAAUCUCACUAGACAUCUCCAGGAAUCUGAGCAGUUGUCAAAACUUCCAUUUUCACGUGCAAGUGAAGUAGGAGCCAGAAGAAGCAGGUACUGGUGGAGAGACUGGUCCUUGGAGAAGCCCCACAAUGCAGCCUGGUAAGGGGCGAAAGAGGAAAAGCUUCAAGCAGAAGCUGGCCUUGAAGAGCAGCUUAGCUAAAGAAACAAUCUCUGAGUUCUUGGGCACCUAUAUAAUGAUCGUCCUUGGAUGUGGCUCUGUCGCCCAAGCUGUCCUCAGUCGAGGACUCUUUGGAGGAAUUAUCACUAUCAAUGUUGGAUUUGCCAUGGCAGUUGUAAUGGCCAUUUAUGUGACUGGGGGUGUCUCUGGUGGCCACAUCAACCCAGCUGUGUCUUUUGCAAUGUGUCUCUUUGGACGAAUGAAAUGGUUCAAAUUUCCUUUUUACGUGGGAGCCCAGUUCUUGGGAGCCUUUGCAGGAGCUGCAACCCUCUUUGGCAUUUACCAUGACGGACUUAUGGCCUUUGCUGGUGGAAAAUUGCUCAUUGUGGGAGAAAAUGCAACAGCACACAUUUUUGCAACAUACCCAGCUCCAUAUCUGUCUCUGACGAAUGCGUUUGCAGACCAAGUAGUGGCCACCAUGUUCCUCCUCAUGAUUGUCUUUGCCAUUUUUGACUCCAGAAACUUGGGAGUCCCCAAAGGCCUAGAGCCCGUUGUCAUUGGCCUCCUGAUUAUUGUCAUUUCUUCUUCCUUGGGACUGAACAGUGGCUGUGCCAUGAACCCAGCUCGAGACCUGAGUCCCAGACUUUUCACUGCUUUGGCAGGUUGGGGGUUUGAGGUCUUCACAGCUGGAAAUAACUUCUGGUGGAUUCCCGUAGUGGGUCCUUUGGUUGGCGCUGUCAUUGGAGGCCUCAUCUAUGUUCUUGUGAUUGAAAUCCACCACCGAGAUCCUGACCCAGACUUCGAGACAGACCAAGCUGAGGACAAACCAGAAAAAUAUGAACUUAGUGUGAUAAUGUAGUAGUGUGCUCAGUUCAGGUCUACAAUUGGCUGCACUAGUAUUCUCUUCAGAAAAGAUGGCAUCCAGGGGCCUGUGUUUUCAUAAAACUAGGGUGGAAUCCACCCAAUUUCCUCUGCUAGCCAUGUGAGGCUCCUAAUUGUAAAAGCAUUCAAGGGAAAGUUUGUAAAUGCUGACCUCUUCUUCACCGGUUUCCCCUAGAAUAGCACUGACUGUCCCCUGAAAUAGCCUUAUCUCCUGCUCUGCUUGUUUCAUCCUUUGAUGAGAAUCCUUAUUACUAGGCGAGCACUGAUAACUUAGAACCUUGACCAUGGACUUAUUUGGAUGAUCUCAGCUGCACGACCUAUAUGAAAAAGCAUUACGAAAGCCUUGUUUCUUCCACAAAGGUUAUGUUUUGAGUAUCAACCAAAACUAAAUUGAAAGACAAAAACUGUGAUUUCAAUUAAUAUGUCCAUGAAUUAGGGAGCUAAUAGGUUAACUCUGUAGUUAUGUUGUGCCACUAUAUUGGUAUAAAUACAGAUAUUCUUCAAACCUAGAGAUACAAGAAUCAGUAGAAUAUGCUGGAAAGCACAGGGGAAGGACACUGUGGCAUUCAGAAACCUCAGGAGACAAGAUAAAUUUGGGAAACCAAAUGGCAUUUUUUAAUGGAAACCAUUUAUCAGAUUAAUCUCUUGCUCUUUACAUUUUAGAGGGCACCAAUUAAUUUUCUUGUCUUUAGUAUAUAAUAACCUAAAAUACAACUGUAACCUCAGUCAGGAAAAUUACAUCACCCUGUAUUUUUAACUCAAAUGUACUUUCCUAAUUGUCCACUUGAGGACAGGCAUUUGACAAGUUAAGUCAGUGUCUGCACUCAUCCAUUAUUCCACACAGGCCCUAGAAGCCAAAACUGGAAGCCAUGGGAUCCUGGUCUAGUGGAAUCUUCAGGAUGGAAGGUCCCAGGAAAGAUAGUAUUACCUUAUUGGGCUUUACAAUUCACAAAAACACUUUCACCUUUAUUAUCUAAUUUAAUCCUCAUAAUGACUGUCCGAGGUAAAUGCCAUGCUGCCCCAAUUUUUCAGAUAAGGAAACAAAGUCUUGGGGAAGUUAAGUGAGUUGCCUAAGGUCACAUGGAAGGUUGAACCUCGUCUACUGCAUCGUACACCUUUCAGAAGAUCAGUAACUGGCCAAGAAUCUCGGCCAGCCCUCCUUGGCCGGCCAGAAGACAUGGGAUUGGCAGCUGCCAAAAUGUGUACACCUUCUGGAUAUAAUGUUCCUGGGAUCCUAAAAUAUAAAGACCUUCAUCGUG